AUGUCGUAUCCGCAAAUGCAACACUCCCGUUUCGGGCCGUGUGACAGCUUUUUCGUUCAGAACGAUGAGGACGUAUACACUAUAGCAGAGCGCAACAGGGAACGGGCGCGUGCCGUUGCCAAAGUCGCCCAUCGUCAGUUGGGCCAAAAGCUGUCCGAACUGACCGCUCUCGAAUACCAAGAGGACGUCUUGGAUCACAUGGAAUUCAUGGAAAACGAGACCAUGCCUGACGUGAAUUCAAUUGACAUCCAGACGGAGAUUCAGUGGUACAUGCGACCAUAUCUGCUAGAUUUCCUCAUCGAGGCUCACGCUGCUUUCCAAUUGCUGCCCGACACGUUCUUUCUCGCUGUUAAUCUCCUGGACCGCUAUUGCUCUCGACGUGUUGUCUACAAGCGACACUACCAGCUCGUGGGAUGUGCAGCGCUGCUGAUCGCUGCCAAGUACGGCGACAAGAAAGAGAAGGUGCCAACUGUGCGAGAACUUCGUGCCAUGUGCUGUCAGCUUUAUGACGAAGACAUGUUCAUUCAAAUGGAAUGGCAUGUGCUUCAAACCCUCAACUGGAUUAUCGGACACCCAACCAUCGACGCUUUCUUGCAAAUUGCCUUGGAGGAGGAUCCGUGCGAGGCCGACAUGGAACUGCAGCACAUGACCUGGUAUCUCUGUGAAUUGGCUCUGUUUCACAGGGAGUUUGUUUCGGUUCGACCGUCCGUUCUUGCACGUUCCGCACUUGCCCUCGCCAGAUGUAUCCUAGGCCGUCCGCAAUCGAAAGACGUGACAUGGGCCGGACGUUACGAAUCUUCCAUCGUCCUCAGCUUAGCGAAUCAUCUCCCACAGCCAUCCCAGGUUUUGUCUCGGAAGUACAGCUCGAUUACCUUCUCGUCCGUCGCUCAAACGGUCGAGUACUUCUUGCAAGCUCAACGACAACAGCUCACCCCCGAACCGACGAUUCAAACACCACAGGAACCUAAAGUGGAAGCCAACUCGACCAUGUUCUCGUCGCCACACACUCCCCAGAAGAGUUAUGGCUCUGCUACAGUUCAAUAUGGUUGCCUAACGCCUCCGAUCACGCCGGAGAAUGAGAUGUUCGUUCACGUUGGAUACAACAAGCAGGCGCAAUUCACACCGCCCGCGUACUCGCCAACCCCAACGCCGACGUCACAUCCCCACACGUCCAAUGCAUCGCUCCCGCGAUAUGAACACCAACAGUACUUACAUCCACAUCACGUAUGA